ACGCCAGCUAAUCAAAACAAGGAUUUGCACUUACCAACACACGCUCCUCACACACGCAUACGGACGUCGCUAGCGCUUGGCUCUUGCGGCGGCGGCGAACAGACGUCGUUUGUGAAGGAGUAAGACCUGUCGUUUCGCUAAGAAAAGCGAUUUAGAUCAGAGUGAAAGUACUAAAAGAAGAUAGAUUUGACGAAAAGUGUGGAAAAAAGCUCAGAAUGUCGUCUCAAGGGCCACAGAGACCAAGAAGGACUUCACCUUCAUGUGCAACCAAACCCCAGCCAAUGCGAGCUACACUGCCAUUUACACUGAGGCAGGGUGGCAGCCCAACAAGAUCAAACAGUAGUAGCAUCAGUAAUGGCAAACGAGGUAGUCCUAUCCCUUCGCCAACACAGCCUUGGGAAUCCCAUCGUGUGAAGUCACGACGAUCACCAGACCAUCGAACAUCGCCAGAAAGAAGCCCCAGUUCACCUUGCUUCAGAGUUGAAAAACCAAAGCCUAUGAGAGCAACCCCACCACCGUCCAUCCGCCGCACAAGUUCCCUCGAUACAAUCGCCACAUACUUAGGUGGUCAUUGGCCUAGAGAGAGUUACCAGCCAAACCAAAAACACCAAUCUACACAGACUGAAGAUACGUUAGAAAAGAAAGGAUCACAUAAAAGGUCGUCAUCCUGGGGCAGUGCUGAGUUAAAAGAAAAAUUAAAGCAACAGAGAAGAAAAGGCAGUCGAAACAGUCCCAGCUCUAAUAGCCGUGCCUCACCUGUUCCAGCGAAUCAUUCCGCUGGCCAUAGUUCCAGUUCCCAAAGUCAAAGCCGAUCCAUUGCAAUACCAGUUCCGCGAAGCCAAGGAGUCCGAAUCCGUGGAAGUAGCAGUGUUGAGGGUUUAAAUCAGGAAAUAGAAAAACUAGUAUUGAAUGGAGUAGAAGAUGAUAUUGGAAAACCUCAGGUUCCCACCCCAGAUGGCCACCGUGCCCCUUUUCCAGGAAUACGGGGCAAAAAGAUGUGUGAUAGUGACACACAGACACAUAAUUAUAGCAACGAGGAGAGCAGCGAUGGCAGCCGAUCGGCUAGUCGCAGUCACUCGGAAUCACCACCAUUUCAACUUGACGGGUCACAGCCAUCUAGCAGAGCUAGUUCCUCUGGCCCAGUUGAACAGAAGAAUGAGAAAGGUGACAGCUCUCCAGAUUUACACUCAGGUAAUAAAUAUGCAUCUUCACCAGGUGUCAACAAAUCGUAUCUUUUGACAAGGGAGCCACCGGAAGGAUGUGAAAAGGUUUUGAAGACCUUCUCAGAUCCCAUCCACCCUAUGUUUGAAGGUGAUGAAAACAACGGACUGUGCCCAGACAAGACAAAAGUAUAUUUCUGCCCCAAGGGACUGGGUUUGUCAGCUUUCUGCCCAUUGCCCAAUCUACCUGGUGAAUUCACCACAAAAACACUUGUGCAAAAUAACAACAUUGCUGUGGAUGAUCAGAAAUGAUGACCUAACCUGGUACAAUGAAAUGGAGAAUACGCAACGCACAAUUACCAUUGACUAUGUGGGGUCGGCUUCAAAAUGGUUGCAACUAAAAGGCCACAAUUAUUCUCCCGUAUCUUUGACAAAUAUUUUUUUUAAAUUGAAUACUUAUCUGUGGAAGCCAUUGCAAAAAGCUUGGUGCAAGAGGCCUUUUUAUCCAAUAUUCAAGAUUGCCCUUCAGUGGGUAAUUAGAUACUGAACACUGCCCCCUAUGUUGCUGAUAGUUUAUCAUUAUCGAAGAUCAAUUUUUUUUGUUAGAAUUAGAAACGUUUAUUUGUUCAGUUAUGCAAGAAAGAGUUUUAUAAAUUGGAAUGGCCUCAAUUUACAUAUAAAUUAUUACAUUAAAAUUUCAAAUAAAAAGUACAAACAUCAUCACAGUUUUUGAAAAAUCAAUAGAAAUAUCCUAUAAAGUUGAUAUUAUUUACAUGCAAAGCAUAAAACUUCAAUAUCUGUUACUAAUAAUCAUAUCAAAGUACUGGUAUUUUGGUGUUAGUAGCCAUAAUAUUGAAUUUAAUUUUGGCAUUUUACAUUAGUUAAUACAAUGAUGGAAAACAAAGUGAUUUAGAUUAUGGUGUUCAAGAAACAAUCAAAUUUUCCUCUAAUUAAUUGAAAAUCUAAUCAAAUUGAAGAUAAUAUUUAUGAGAUUUAUUUAAAUGUUCAAUACGAAAUUUGAGAGUUGAUUUUUAGAGGGUUUGCAAUUGGAAACCAAUAUUUAAAUGUUUUUCCUGUUUAAAAGUUUGCAAAAGUACAUAAGUGUAUUCCUAAAUAUUUGACCCUGUUUUAAAGUUGCAAAAAAAAAAUAUCAGUUUUAGAAAUUCGGUUUUAAUGCUUAAUAGAAGAGAAAAACAUUUAUAGUAAAAAUGACUAAACUUUUUUAUUUAUGAUUUUAAAGAUUUAUUUAACUGCCCAUACCCCAAUAAACAAUACAUACUGUACACAAAGAACCUGUACUUUGGUACGUUACGUGAUACCUGUGAGUGUACACCUAACAAAAGCAAAUAAUACACAAUUUGUCUCAUUGCUGUUAAUGUACUGUAUCAUGUUUUAGAGUGAUGCUUAUUUUAAUUUAUAAUUUUAUGCAAACUAUUAUUUUCUGUUUGGUGCUGAGUAGUGUGUUUUUAUUGAAGUGUAUGUUAUUGUCAUCAAAUUUUGAUGGUCGUUGUAGUUAUCUUUCUUAAUCCAAUGCCUACCUGUGCCUCUAUUAUUUGUACAGAAUUUAUGCAGGGAAACAUAAUAUUUUUCCAUGCUAUUUUAUCUUAAUGUAUAAUGCAUAUCUUAUGCAUUAUGUCUAUAGGGAAAUUUUUAUCUGCAAACUGCACCAGUUCAAUUCUCUGAUGUAGAAAUAAUUCCAACUACAUUGGAUAAAGAUUAAUCUAUCAGUCUUAGAGUUUCAGAAAAUAAACCAAGUACUUGUUCAUGUAGUAGCAAUCUUGGUUCAUAAAUGAGAGUUAUAUUAACUAAAGUGCCAUACUGACAUGUGGCUCAAUUUUGCGUAGAAGCAACUUGUCUGACCUGUUUCUUUAACAGCAUUUUGUUCAACUUCCUCAAAUCUGGUUUAAUCUUGGUCUUCAAUCACCAACCUGUAUUGUAAUAAUUACUUGUCCAUUUUGAGCAUUUUGUGCGUGCAUUCUGUUGUAUAUUGCUUAAAUCAGUAUUUUGAUAUUGUCCUCAUUUCCUCUUCGUUGUAACAGUGUUAAACAGCAACAAAUAAGUAUAUAGAUUUUUACCAUUAAGUUGUUAUUAGCUAUUUCUGUAAGCUGUAUCUGAAAUGUCAAAACUCUUGUAUCAAACGGUAGUGAGACUCUCUUGUAUUGAUUCAUUGAGUCCUUAAUGAUGUCAUGUAUUAACCUAGAUUACCUCACCAGUUAAUUUCACACAUUACAAUUUCUAUAUUUUGAGGAGGCAUACUUUGGAAACAGGUACACACUAUAAAUACCACUUGAAAGUGAAUCAGCUGCUAUGUAACGCUGUUGGCAUGCUUCGAUGCUUUCUACACAUUCAGUUUUGUGAAAGUUUCAAGUGUUUGGUGCUUGAUUAUAUUUUGAUAUUUAUUUGUAAGUGACAUCAGAAGAUUGAGUGGGUUUGUUUCUGUCCAUAUUUCUGUGGCAGCCAUUUUUUACCUCAUUUGUGUGCAUAUGCUCAAAGGAAAUGUAGUAGGGUCGAAGGUGACAAGUCAUUGGUGUAAAUAUGUCUGUAGAGGAGUUGAAUACAGUAUUUAGAUUUUUUUUUUAGUUGCAGUCUGAAGGUAAUUAUUCCUUUUGGUUAGUACAGUAUUUUCACAAUCAAGCUUUUAAACAGUUAUUGGGAUAUUCUUUGAAGUUCUUAACGGACAGUAACUUAGCAAAGUGUUCAAGAAUGGAGGAAUCCUGAUUUUGUUUAAUAGUGCUGACUUACAGAGUAAAACGAAAAGGCGUUGGCAUUUAAACAUGUUUCAGGCAGAGACAGGGUGUUUUGAAGAAUCCUUAUUUAGUCUAUAAGGUUAUAAUGGAGCUGAGUGAAGGAUGAGGAUUGUGUAGCAUGUUUGUAACAGAAUUCUCUGAUUGCUGGCGCCAGUGUUGGUACAGUGUUUGCAUAUUCUCUGCCACUGGUUGAUUGGUCAACAUGAAUUUGUAUGGUCACCCACCAUUUACUGGUUCACCAGCUGACAUCAUAGUCAAAUUUAAAGCGAAUUAGUUUUCAGCAAAUUUGUGUUCAGAAUCAUCACAGCUUUUCUUGGAUGGAAACAAAAUUACCUGGUGAGGCUUAUGAUCAAGAAUUAUGCUUUGAUUGUUCAGAGGAAAACAAGAUUUAAGCAUACACUGUAAAUACAGUAUAUUGAAAAUGCAUUAUAAAUAUACUGUACUGUAGUGAUUGAUGAUACAGUAUUUUAUUGAGGUUACUGUAUAAUAGACAGUACAUUGAGGGUAAUACAGUAUAUAAAUACAGUAUACUCUUAAGUACAGUAGAAGAAUACUGUAUAAUGUAUACAGUAUAUUUUGAAUACUGUAUUAAUCAUUCUGUUUGGAUAAUGUAUAAAUAAAGUGUAUUCAGAAUUCUGAAUAAAUACCGUAUAUUGAGAAUACUGUAAUUAAUGAGAAAAUAGAUAACAUAUAAAGACACUUCUGAUACAGUAUAUGUAAUGUAAUGUAUUGAGAAUGUACUGUAUUUGCAAUCUACAUGAACCACCAAUAAUUGAAUGGGGCUUACUAUUAAUAGCUAACUGGUUAUUUAUGGUCAUGUUGUUUAAUCGGAUGGUUAUCUAGGUCGAGCAGUUGGUGUGGUGCGUUGCCGUCAAUUGUCAUCCAUAUUUUUCUUGUGUUUGUAAUUCAAUGGCAGCUAAUUUUUAUGUUUGAAACAUCGCAGCCAUCUUUGCCUGUAAAUCUUCAGCCACGAUUUAUCACGCGUGUGCAUUUCAUAUUCUAUGUAUAUUUAUGGUUUCUGUCUGGAGUUUUAUUCAAGCUUUUAGAAAUCGUGAUUGAGUCACUGAAAACAUAUGUAAGGCAUACUUUAGUCUUCAUCUAAAAUUGAGGCUGGUAGAAUGCAGAGUUAACCUAUGCUACACAUGCAGGUAGUCCGGUAUAAGGUUUGACCUUGAUGUAUUUUCAGUGUGUUAGGUUUACCUUCUGGCUCAUACUAAGCAUUGGGGGGGGGGGGAAGGAAAGAGGAAACAGAUUUUUGAGGGAAGUUAUUAGAUGUUUCCAGAUGGAAUAAAAAGAGAUUAUUUUCAAGUCCUAGUACAGUAGAAUAAACCACAGUAUAGUAAUACUUCAUGGUAUACAUAUGGUUUCUAAAUGAAAUAAUUUGAUAAAGUUACCCUUGCACACUUCUAUAAUGUGUAUCAAUUAGUUACCAACAGAGUUGGCCAUUUUUUUCUGUUGGGCAUAACCCUAGUGGUAAUGGCACGUGUCCCAGAUGAUUAUUUUUAAUAGUUGAAAUAUUUGUGUUAUUUAUGUGUUUUAAAUAGUAUCUUUAAUAAUUUUGGUUCAGAUGAGUCACUAUAUGUUAUAUUUUGUAAUCAUAUUUAAAGGAGCUGCCUAAUGACUACCGUAAUCAGUAAACCUGGACAUACAGUCAAUUCUUUCAAUGAAAAGAGUAUAAAUUAUAAACGGAUUUAAAUUUCAGCCAACUAAUACACUACAAUUAUGUGUUACUUUUAACAUUAUACAGUUUUUUUAGAACCAUUCUUGUAUAGUAUAACAGAUUUUACCCUAUUUUUUUUUUUUAGCCUCUAUUUUAUGAAGCGAUCAGAACUGAUUAUUUAAGCUGUUAAUUUUCAAGUUUGAUAUAAGAGCAUAAAUUUGAAAAGACAAUUAUAUUUUCAUGGAGCCCUAUCCCCAUGUAUAUUAAUGUAAUCCCAAAUGUAUAUAUGAAUUUACUAUAAGAUGAACCCACCCACUUCUCUUUAUGUAAUUAGUUUUUUCACUUCAUAUAUUAUUUAGUUGCUUUUUAGGUUGUAGGUUGUAAAAAUUGUAUAUUUACCUGUUUUAUGCAGAAUAUUUGUUUACUCCUCCAAAAGUUUUAAUACAGAUUCAUCAAUGCCUCAAUGGUUUAUUUAGAGUUAAUAUAGCAUCAUACGACAUUUGCAAAUAGCAAACCCAAUAGACCUUUCUGCUAAGCCCUGGCCCUGAGAUGCUAAGGUGUAAAUGCUGUUAACUUGUUUGUGUAUGAAUUUGAUUGGUCGGUUUUGAAGUUUAAUUGACACUUCUAGUAAGGUCCAUUGUUAGCGAUUUUUUUUGUGUGUGUGCAGACUGAUGAUGAUUAUAUCUGAUGAUUCUAUUGAUGAAAGUUUUAUUUCUUUCCAUUAUAAAUAAAAAUGUGUGUGAUUUGUGUAUGGAAUCCAGUAUUUGAUCUCAUCUGAUUUUAUUUUUUGAUUCCUUAAUUUUUCUAUGUUUUCUUUUUUUUUUUUAUUAUGUAUAGAUUUUGAUCUUGAAAUUCAAUCAAGAGAUUAAAAAUAUAUAAAUUGUGUGUCCAUUAAGCUCUGUCAACACUGUCAUAUUUUGUGACAAAUAACUGAUAUGCUGAUACUUAGGUUUAAUAUGACCAUCAUGCCCGUAUAUGGGCACAUCACACAAAUUUGUCGCAUAAAAUUUGAGAGUGCGGACAGAGUUUGAGAUCAUUUUAAGAUAUACAGUCUGUGAGCUUAAAGCUCUGUCCACACUCAAAUUUUCUUGGACAAAAAAAAACUGUUGUAGUCCAUAUAUAGUCAUGAUGUACCUAUAUAUGAUCAUGUGAUGUCAUGACCAUAUUUAGGCUUGUCAAAUAAAAUUUGAUAGAAUGGACAGGGCUUAAAAAUGAAAAAAAGACUUGAAACAUUCAAUAUUUGAUUUGUUUACUUUGUUUGUAGUAUAUUCGGCUUACAGUUGAAAAUCAAAAUCGGAGCAACAAAAUCUUUCCCUUUCUGGUUAACAGAUGCAUAGGUGAUAACAUUUCUAUAUUCUUUGCUUAAGCCCUCAAGUCAUAUCAUAUCACAAACUAACACGGUGAAAUUAGAUUAUGUUAGUUUUUCACAAACUAAACACAAUUUACUUUCAUUGUGUUAAGUUUGUGAUAUGAGCGAUGAUAUUUAGGAGUUUCAUAAAUCAGUCAAAACUGAAUUGUUUAUGGGAAGCUUAUUACUUGCUUGAUCCUAUUAAAUAAGCAGUUCAAUGUGUUUAAUGUUUCUGGGGAAUUUUUUUUUUUUUUUUUGGUUAUAUAGAUUUUACUACAGAUUGUAUAUAUCUUGUGUGUUUGGACAUAACGAUUUUUAUUUUUUCUUGUAUUUGGUUUAUACCUGCUUGUGCUGUUUUUAAACAUUGUUUAUAUAUAAUUGUGCUGCUGUGUAUUUAUGUUAUUGGUUAUCAACCAACUGUAAGGCCUGUGCUUAAGUAUUUACUGGAAUUACAGUACCUAUUCAUCAAAAUUAUCCAGUUUUUUGUAUUGAAAAUAUUGUUAAAUUAUUUCCUUCUGCUGUGUUUGCAGCACAAUUAAGUCCAUUUUUAUAGAACACUACAAUUUCAACAAAAAAAAAAAGCAAAGCAACUGAAGUUCUGUCCAUGUUCUUUGAAAAAAUAUUGUUGUAUGCCCAUAUAUGAUAUGAUGUCAUCAUGACCUUAUUUAGGCUUGUCACUUUUUUUUUUUUUUUUUUAAAUAAAAUUUGAGAGUUUGGACAGGACUUAAGUCUUGUAUUGUAUUGGGAGGUAAAAUGAAAACCCAUGUUAGUAAUUGAUCUAAAAGUAAACAAGUUAUUUUACUCUUGUUUUACCAGUAGGUUUGAUGUUUUUUUUAUGGUGGUUCUCUUGUAUUUGUGAUUUGUCUCUGUAUUUUUGAAAAUUUUGUUCUAUAUACAUUGGUACUUAGUUAAAUCGUAAGAGAAUUGUUCAAAAGAACUGUAAGUGAACUGGCAUGACCAAUCACAAUGGAAGACUGAAGUGUAACAGUUUCAAAUGUGAUAAUAACCAAUACCUUAUGAAUUGUUUUAUUUCAUAAUUGUAAAAUAUGAGGUACUGUAUGUUUAAAAAAUGAGAUCUUUUAUUUUUUGGAAGAGCAGAAAUUAUACUUAAUGAUUUGGCUGUAGUUUUGAAAAUUUGAUACCUAAAUUAAUUUCAUUUUAAGUUGAGGAAAAUGGUUAUGUUUAUUUGAUCCAGUGUCUUCUGAAAUAUGUUUCAAAAUCUGCAUUACAGUGCAUACUGACUGGAGUCUGUCAGAUCAUGUUUGUUGGAAAUAAUAUGCUUUACAUCACCAGAAGAAAAUCUGAUCAUACAUUUUGAAAUCUGGCAGACAAAAAUGUGAUACUGUAUUUUCAGUAUGCAUUUUAUUUGCAGCUUCAUAAAGUUGUGUUUGUUUUUCAUGGAAUUUCAUGUUUGAAUUGUUGAAAUUUCCUGGUUAUUUGGAAGAAGCUAAUUAGUAAGAAUCAUACAAUAAUGUGCAUAUGAAUAAUACAAGUUAAAUAAGGAUUUAUUUUAUUAUUCUUUGCACAAAUGAUACCAAAGGAAGAGGACCUAAUAUGACAACAGUCAACUGUUGUUACAAAAAAUGGUUUUGAAGUUAACUUGCGGAUGUACUGGAGAUGUGUCUAAUGAUGAAGAUUUAUUAAAAGAAGGCGCGACAGCCUAGAUAA